UGGUCGCAUCCCUUCCAUAUCAAUGGAUUGGGCGGAGAAGUUGGGGGGCAAGAAAGAUUUAGCUGUAAUUUUAACCGGCUGUGUGUGUUUGUGUGUGUGUGAGUCGGGUGUCAUCGAUUUCUGCGUACCACCGACUGUUCCUCACAGAGGAAAAGCUCGAGAUGGCUUGCCUCCUGGUCUGUCACCUGCCUUUACUGCUGGUCAGCAUGCUGGCCUUGCAGUGCCGUGCAGUCAGUGGAUUAUUUGACUGGCUGAAGGAAACUCAGGCCCCUCCAGCAGCCCCGAAACCCGCAGCCCCACAGCCACCUGCAGGAGACACCCCUCCGUUUGAGAUGAGUGUCGCUGAUGAGAAGUUCCUGGCUGAGGCAAAGCAGAUGGAGCUCAGCCCCUUGGACAGCUGCCAUUACAGGGUGGUCGCUCAGCUGAAGUCAACCUGUGAAAGCCUAUCAGAAGAGCAGCUUGCCAAACUAGGAGUGACCCUAUUCAACUGCCAGGCACAGGUUGAGGGGCGCAGGACCUUCCGUUGCACAGAGGAUAUGACGAUAAAACAGUGCACAAAAGACAUGGACUCAGACACAUGGAAUGCAUACCAUAUAGUGAGCAAUCGAGCGCGCUCCGUGUGCUAUGCAACCCGCCAGCAGCAUUUUCGCCGCAGAGCAGAGCUCACGGUCAAUGCUCUGAUCUCCACAGCCACCACCCAGCUGGAUGCAAUGAAAGACCUGAAGGAGGGCCAACUGGAACUGAGGGAGCUAACCGCAGCCUCCCUGGACAAGCUACUGAAGGGUCACAGUGCUUUGCAAGCCCAGCAGGGGAAACUUUGGGAAGGCCAGGAGCAAAUGGAGCAUUCCCUGACAGCCAACUUGGAGCGUCUGAGCCAGGAAAAGGCCCUCAUCGCCUCUGGACAGGAACUGGUAGCUCAGCUCAUUCAGGGCAUUACAAAGAGAAUGGAGAACGUGAGUGAGCAUUUGAAGAGCCAAGGGACAGAGGUGCAGGACAGUCACAAAGCUAUCAUUGAAGACCUUGCAGAUGUCAGAGACCGAGCACAGGACAUCUACCAAAAAAUCGACCAUAGCAUGCUAGGAUUUCUCCAAUACCAGGACCAGACGGCACAGUACUACAGUGACCUAAUGAGUAAACUGGAGCGCAUGAAUGGCACUCUGGGAAUCAUGCUGCACUACCUGGAUAACAUGCAGAGCCGUGUAGAAGAGAGGCUUCGGAUGAUCCAGGGCUACCUUGGCUGGGCAGGUCUGAGCCUGGCAGCCAUGUGGACAUGUUUUGCGCAUACAGGCUAUUUCCUGCUGUGUGCAGUCCUGCUGAUGUUCCUGCGCUGCUCAGUUUUCUCCCGAGCCAUGUUGCUGCUCACCGUGCCCCUUAAUGCCAUAGCUGAGGUCAACCAGCAGCCUGCACUGGAUCUCGCGGGCCUCAGUCUGCUGCUGCUUACACUCGGCUUGUGUCAUUGGUUUGUGAAUCAGUUGUUGUGGGCAGGCUCUCAGAUCAGAGGAAAACCAGCCAGCCUGCCGCCUCUGUCUGAAUCUACACCACAGAGAAACAAAGUGGAUGACCUCAUGGAGCAAGAGGACCUGCUCAAUCAUGACAGCUUCCUGUCUGGUGACCCAGGCAUACUGGCAUGGUCUCCCUCCCACAGCCACCCAGUGCCACAGGACAGGUUUGUCCCAAUAAUGGGCACACCCAGUCAGUCGACUCCCAGGCUUAUAGGGCAGCAAAGGCUUUCAGCGGCUGUCAUUGAUGACAUCCCCUUGAGGAACCUGGGAGGUGUUUUUGAUGCAGUGAAUGACUCGCGAAGUGCAAGUCCUAACCUGUCGCUGGCCAGCAACAGCUCUCUGUCAGGCCGUCAGUUGUGCAAUGGCAUCACAAAAACAGGAAAGGCUUGUAAGAAGAGAGCCUUGCUGGGACAAGAGUACUGCCGAGUACAUGAAGGGGGAUAUACCUCCUACAUCAACACCUGAAAAUUUUCCUCAGGUUAUGAUGUUGCAAGCAGGAGCUUUGUUGCUAUUAGUCACUCUGCCAAAACUGGUGUGUGUGUGUGUGUGUAUUUGUUGUGGAGUAAUUCUGUUCCAUGUUUUGUGUUAGGAUUUUAAAUAGGGUAAAAUGGGCUUAAAAGUUAGAGAUUUUAUGUUUUUUAUAUAUUUUUACUGUUUAACACAUUCAUAUAGUGGUAUAUUUAAGUUUAUAAUAAAUUAUUUUUUUUUUCACCAUG